AUGAAAACGGAACAAACUACAAAUGAAGUAUUUAUUGACAAAACGGUUAACGAACCAACAACUAUUAUAGUAAUAAAGGCAGCAUAUGUAGCAAUAAGAAGAACUGACCACAUCCAAGAAAACAUGAUAAAAAAAAAAAAUACAGUUACGAAAGCCGAACAAAUUCCAAAUGCAUUAUCAAAAAAGUUAAUUUUAAUGCUGGAAUAUCUUCACAUCAACAAUUCACAGUUAUUAAAACUCUUCCAACAUCGGGCUGGAAUAAAACUAGAGCGCUUAAAGACUCGAAAUACCAGCCAUUAUAACUAA